AUGCGGCCUAGUAUCAAAAGUCGCAUGAUUAGUCACUUCAAGAAAUGGUGGUGGGCACAUUGCAUCGCACUUGUCGCAGUCGUACUUGUCGUUGCCCUUCCUUUAAUCUACGUCCUUUAUCCGAAAAUCGCACGGGCUGGUAUCAAUGAUUCCACACUUGAUAUCACAUCAAUGGUCAUAAGCAAUCCCACACCGGGCUCGUUUCACCUAAAGGCAAAACAGAUUAUUGGAACGAAGAGUUCCUUUCACCCAACCAUUCAUGGAUUCAAAGCUCAGGUGAGCCGUCCAGAAGCGGCAAGCGCCUUCGCAGCUCUGCAAAUACCGGGGCUCAAGGCGCGAGAUAAUGCGACGGUGUCCGUAGACCAGCGCCUCUAUCCGACUGAUCAAGAAGAGUUUGAGACAUUGGUAACGGAUUUCAUGAUCAAGAAUGUGGUUCCGUUACAUGUCCAUGGCAAACCUGCCUUGAGGGAGGGAGGCCUCCCUAAGAUAACCGUGACAUAUGAUAAGACAGUCCAUCUGAAGGGCUUUAACAGGCUCCGUGGAUUCAAGCUGUUAGACUUACAUAUGACCAAGUUCGAGGCCCGCAGAAUAAACGUUGAAGGAGAGGUUCUGAUCCCCAACGCAUCUGUAAUAACAAUUUCAUUAGGGAACAUAACAAUGGACCUAUCCGCCUAUGGGACCGCAAUUGGCAAGUGUUACCUGUCCAACUUGAUGCUCCGCCCGGGCCAGAAUACUAUCCCUAUAGAAGCCAACGUGGAUGCCACUGUCUUGGCGGAAAUUAUUCUGAAGAACGGGGAGAGGUGGAUCUUGCCAGUCGACAUCGCGGCUUCAGAGGGGUCGAGCGUCUAUGACGGUCAGGUUAUCCCAUAUUUUUCGAAGGCUAUAGCGGCCAAUAACCUCACCGUACAGGUGGAUUUAAAAAAGACUUUGGGCGAUACAUUUUGGGAUCUUGUUAAAGGAGUGCUUUGA